AUGGAUUUAAGAUAUAUAUCUGGUAGAAAUAGAAGAGUGCACGAAAUGCUGCAAAAGAAAGGCUAUGAUCUAGAAUCUUUAUUUUCAGCUUCUGCUGAACUUAUAAAAUUAAUCGAAGUUCUUCAGCUCCCUCGUCAAGACAGUUUAGGUUUUGUGGAACGCCUUAAAGAUGCUUAUGACGAGUCUCAAGGAAAAGAAGUCGAAGCUGAAGUUAGUAAAAAGAAAUGCAGAGACAGGAUUUCUGUUCAAAGUAAAGCUACAAAUCGGAUUUAUUUUUUCAGAGCCACUGAAAAUCCCAAUCAGUUUGAAUGUGAAAAUUGUGAAGAAAGCGUCAAACUCAGUGAUAGAGAUUUAAUCUCACACAUAAAGUCGAAACACAAUGCUGGGGAAGAAUAA